GACCUGUCCGUUAGAUCAAAGGCACCUACCUGACACUUCCUGCACAUGAAUGUUUCGGUAGGUUCGGCAGUAUGAUAUUUGUGUAUCUCUGCCAUAUUUGUGUACAUCUCUCGCAAAUGUGUUUACAUUUAUAAACAUGACAGCCUGACGCACUGAAUUGGAUCAUACGUGUAGUUGAGGAAGUUUAAUGGAUGACUAUAGGCAAAACGUGAUUGUUUCUUUUCAUUGAUUUAAGAUCAUACAGCACGGAGAUAAAAGGGAAGUGACAGCUCUGUGUCUGUGGACGGCCCGAGUGCUGACUACGCAAAGAGCUACGAUGCUGUCGUGUUCGAUGUGCUGAAAGUGACACCAGAGGAGUUUGCAAGCCAAAUUACCCUGAUGGACGCCCCUGUGUUUAAGGCCAUACAGCCAGAGGAGCUUUCUAGCUGUGGCUGGAACAAAAAGGAGAAACACAGUUUGGCUCCUAAUGUUGUUGCCAUCACACGGAGGUUCAACCAGGUGAGCUUCUGGUUGGUACGGGAAAUCCUGACCGCUCAAACCCUGAAGAUCCGUGCCGAGAUCCUGAGCCACUUCAUCAAAAUCGCAAAGAAACUUCUAGAGCUGAAUAAUCUUCAUUCUAUGGUGUCGGUGGUGUCUGCAUUGCAAAGCGCUCCCAUCUUUAGACUGAGCAAGACCUGGGCGCUUAUCAGUCGGAAGGACAAGGCCACAUUUGAGAAGCUGGACUACCUGACCUCCAAAGAGGAGAACUACGCCAGGAUGAGAGAGUACAUCCGCUCCCUCAAGAUGGUGCCAUGUAUCCCCUACCUGGGGAUCUACCUGCUGGACAUGAUUUACAUCGACUCGGCCUAUCCUGCGUCUGACAGCAUCAUUGAGACCCAGCAGAGAACCAAUCAGAUGAACAACAUCCUGCGCGUGAUCUCUGACCUCCAGAUGUCCUGCACAUACGAUCACCUCGUGACCCUCCGGCAUGUGCAGAAGUACUUGAUGUCUGUUCGCUACAUCGAGGAGCUUCAGAAGUUCGUGGAAGACGACAAUUUCAAACUGUCUCUGAAAAUUGAACCAGGGAACAGCUCGCCGCGCAUGGCCACAUCCAAAGAAGAUCUUGCAGGUCCGUCUGAGUUGUCUUUUUUGGUCAGGUAUAAGCGACGGCCCACUUGCCCUGAUGCCACUGUGGGGGUUCAUAUCCCCACCCCUCCGCCCUCACGCCACAGGAAGAGCCACAGCCUCGGAAACACUAUGAUGUGGCAUUUCAGUUUGGUUGAGAGUAAAAGUGCGACGUUCCCCAUAGAGAAACCACGUCACCUGCUGGACGACAGCUUCCUGGAGUCCCAGAGUCCUGCGAGGAACAACCCACACAACUCAACCGUGUCCAACGGCAUCCCUAUAGGCAGCAGUCAGAGUUCGUUCUGUGAUGAUCUUUCUCCAGGGCUCGAGAGGGGCCACAUGUCCUCGACUCUGGGCCCUAACUGGAGGGUUCCUCUCCGCAGCUCCCCCAGAGGUCGCAGCCAAGGCCACAGUCCGUCAGUAGCUGAGCCCAGUCUGGCUCACGGAGAGUCAGGUGGAGUCACGAUGCAGGGACCGCUGAAGAGGAAAACCCUGCUGAAGGAGGGCAGGAAACCCAAGCUCUCCUCGUGGACGCGGUAUUGGAUCACACUUUCUGGUUCCACUCUCUUAUUCUACGAAUCCAAAGCCCUGCGAGCCACAGAACGGAAACAUUACAAGUCUUCGGCGUGUAAGAAAGUGUGUGUUGUGGGCUGGAUGGUGGUGCUGCCGGAUGAUCCGGCUCAACCCAACAUCUUUCAGCUCAACCAUCCUGACAAAGGGAAUGUUUACAAGUUACGGACAAGUGAUCGGUUCACUGCGAUCAUGUGGCACAGGCACCUGGACGAGGCCUGUCACAGAAGAAGACCUCAGAUACCAGCCAAUCUCAUGUCGUUUGAGUAAACAGACUUGUUUAACUCUUGACUGAAGACAUUUAUAAAGUGCCAAAGGCCUACAGAGAACAUGGUUGGUUCAACAAAAGGACGAAGAAAGAGCAAAAACCCUUCAAUGCUGAAGAGUCCACUGAGCCAAAGGUCUCGCUCUGAUCCGCUGGCCCUCCACGAGCCCCACACACACAUCUAACAUCAGGAUGUGUUUCAGAGCCGGACGUGGAGGUUUGCACACUAGUAUGUGGUACAGUAGGAGGACAGGUGAACCUGGCCCCUUACAGCUCCAUCAUGUCUUCACAAUGGAGACCUUUUCAUCUCAAGGUGUUUGUGUGGCUUCAGUGAAGUACAUUAAGGGAAUUAAGCUCGAGAUGGGAUUUUUGUGCUGAUAUAAGUGAGUUUCAGUAUGAAAGAGAAAUCAUGCCGCCUGUAGCAUAUAAGAAUAAAAAGCCAAACUAACAUGCAUUUGCUCCUGCAAAGAGCUAUAACAAAACAAACCACCGAUGAAGACCUAAACCAGCUAAUGAGACUCACUGGUUUAGUUACAGACUAAUCAAACAGUGAUUUUUAUUUCUGGUUAAUGUUAUGAUGUGAUGAUGCUGCUUGAAGGCGGUUUGUGUGACUUGCUAACAUCAGGGAUUCUGAAUCUACUUUCUGUUUUAGUCAUUUUAUACUCAUGAAAGCUUGUUUUGGGCUUUAAGUAUUAACAGAUCAUUAGGCAUUUCCUGUCAAAUGAAGGUUUUUUCACAACUUAAACCAGCUUAAACAUGUUGUGCAAAAGGUUUGUGUUUGUCACUUUUGAUAGUGUUCUUUGUACAUUAAUGAGACAAUACCAUUUUUAAAAUACAAGCUUAUUUCCAUUCAGCCCAUCUCACAAAAACAAGAUCUGCUUUUUUCAAAAACGUACCAUUUCACAUCUUACCCCAAAAUAAAUAGAACAAAAUUAGUUUAAUAAUAUUUUGCUUAAAGAAAAUUAAGCCUGUUUUUAGGAUCUUUAGUGUUUUCGACAUUAUUUUCAUGACAAUUAAACACAUCUUACCCUCAAAUUCUCAUUAGUGUAAUACAAACAACAUCACAUUCUUUAAAUUUUCUGUAUUUAUAUUUCAUAGCCAUAUUUAUUGAACUUCCUUUCAUUUAUGCAUGAUUUUGUUUUUUAUUAAUGCACUUUUUAUAUUUUAAUACAAUUAAACUGUGCUUAAAAUGUAAUUGAAAGUAGUGUCGCUAGCUUAAAAAAAUACAUAAGAAUAGGUUAAAUUUUCUUUAUGCAAAACAUAAUUCCUUUUUGUUUGUCUUUUGAUCUUUGGUGUGAAAUUGUUAUGAGGUUUGUCUUGUUGUUGCAUGGAUCAAUGCUGCGGAAUGCUUGAAUAUAUGCAAUGAUGUGGAACUGAAAGAAUAUUGAUUUUGAAGAAUUUGUCAUUAUUUACUCCCUCUCAUGUCGUUUAAACCCGUUUGAUGAUUUAUUGUCUGUGGAACACGAAAGGAAAAAAUUCAUAAAAAGUUUCUUCAUGCAACUUUUUCCAUACGAAGACAAUGAAAUUGAUUUGAAAAACACAAAAGUACUCCAUUUCUGACAUUCAAAUCAUAUGACUUCAGAAUACAGUUUUGCAUAUACUUCUACCUGAGAUUUUUUGUAUUUUUUUUUUUUUUUGAUAGUGGGUCACAAUGACCUGUAACAUGGAAAGAAAAGUGCUUUAACAUUGUAAAGGCUAGUGAUUACUAGUCUUUGUUGAGAGUAUUGUUUAUCUGGCAUCAGUUUUGCCUUUCUGUAUAUGAAUUCAGCUUUAAACAGGCCACAGUUUUUGUUGAAGACGAAACACACACAUGUACAGCUGCACUGCAUCUAUGUUAUGUUCGUUUGUGCUGGAACUAUGAAUGAACACUUGUUAUGUUGCCAUGUAAAUAUGAUGCUAAAUUAUUUCUUGUUUGCCGUCGUGGUGCACUGCAGUUUAUCAACUAAAAGGCUGUAAAAACAUUAUAUUCCAGUGAACAC